AGGGAAAGAAAGGCCGAGACUGAAAGAGCGAGAAGCGGCCGAGGGGCUGGUCCAGGCACGGCCGCUAAGAGGAGACCAAGAGGCGGGGGCUGCACUUGACAACCAGCAUGCCGAGAUGAUCAACAAAAGGAAUUCUUGGGUCCUAGAGACCAAAGAAAGAAUCAGCAGGAGUGCCCAGGGUGAAUUGAUGGAUUGGAGAGCCUGGCUGUCAGAAGAGGCAGAAGUGGAUGUGAGAGAAAGAGAGACACAGAGAGACAGAGAGCCAAAGAGGGCAAGAGACUUGACUUUAAGAGACUCCUGUACUGACAACUCCAUGCAGUUCGGAACCAGAACGACUGCGGCUGAACCAGGGUUCAUGGGGACAUGGCAAAACGCUGAUACUAACCUUUUAUUCAGAAUGUCCCAACAGGUUCCAGUGGCAUGUGCUGGCAGAGUGCUGGGUGCAGACUUCUGCCCAAACCUGGAGGAGCCAGACCAGAGGCUGGAAGUCCAGGCCAUCCGUUGCACACUGGUAAACUGCACGUGUGAAUGUUUUCAGCCGGGGAAGAUUAACCUGAGGACUUGCGAUCAGUGUAAACAUGGCUGGGUGGCACAUGCCUUGGACAAGCUCAGCACCCAGCACCUGUACCACCCUACGCAAGUGGAGAUUGUGCAGUCCAACGUAGUGUUUGACAUCAGCAGCCUGAUGCUCUAUGGGACACAAGCGGUGCCCGUGCGGCUAAAGAUCCUGCUGGACCGUCUCUUCAGUGUCCUGAAGCAAGAGGAGGUGCUACACAUCCUGCACGGCCUGGGCUGGACUCUGCGGGACUAUGUUCGGGGGUACAUCCUUCAGGAUGCUGCCGGCAAGGUGCUGGACCGCUGGGCCAUCAUGUCUCGAGAAGAGGAAAUCAUCACCCUUCAGCAGUUUCUGCGGUUUGGAGAAACCAAAUCUAUUGUAGAGCUGAUGGCAAUUCAGGAGAAAGAAGGCCAGGCUGUGGCUGUACCAUCUUCAAAGACAGACUCAGACAUAAGGACUUUCAUUGAGAGCAAUAAUCGCACCAGGAGUCCCAGCCUCCUUGCUCACCUAGAAAAUAGCAACCCUUCCAGCAUUCACCACUUCGAAAACAUCCCCAACAGCCUUGCAUUUCUGCUUCCAUUCCAGUACAUAAACCCAGUCUCAGCCCCACUGCUAGGGUUGCCUCCAAACGGGCUACUGUUAGAGCAACCAGGACUGAGGCUGCGGGAACCGAGCCUUUCAACCCAGAAUGAAUAUAAUGAGAGCAGCGAAUCUGAAGUGUCUCCCACACCUUAUAAGAACGAUCAGACUCCCAAUAGAAACGCCCUGACCAGCAUUACUAACGUGGAGCCCAAAACCGAGCCACCCUGCGUAUCCCCCAUUCAGAAUUCUGCCCCAGUCAGUGAUCUGACCAAAACUGAACACCCAAAAAGCUCAUUCCGGAUCCACCGGAUGAGAAGAAUGGGGUCAGCCUCUAGGAAAGGAAGAGUGUUCUGUAAUGCAUGUGGGAAGACAUUCUAUGAUAAAGGUACUCUCAAAAUUCAUUAUAACGCUGUUCACCUGAAGAUCAAACAUCGAUGCACCAUUGAAGGUUGCAACAUGGUCUUUAGCUCCCUCCGAAGCCGUAAUCGCCACAGCGCAAACCCCAACCCUCGCCUUCACAUGCCUAUGUUGAGGAAUAACCGAGACAAAGAUUUAAUUCGGGCCACUUCAGGAGCUGCCACCCCUGUCAUAGCAAGUACAAAAUCAAAUCUCACACUCACCAGCCCUGGCCGUCCCCCAAUGGGUUUUACCACUCCCCCACUAGACCCUGUCUUACAGAGUCCUCUGCCUAGCCAGCUGGUAUUUUCUGGGCUAAAGACUGUCCAACCAGUCCCUCCAUUUUAUAGAAGUUUACUCACUCCAGGAGAAAUGGUGAGCCCUCCCACCUCCAUUCCGACCAGUCCCAUCAUUCCAUCCAGUGGUACCAUAGAGCAGCACCCUCCACCACCCUCUGAGACAGCAGCACCAGUAGUGAUGAUGGCCACUCAUGAGCCCAGUGUUGACCUGGCCCCCAAGAAGAAGCCCAGGAAGUCCAGCAUGCCUGUGAAGAUUGAGAAAGAAAUUAUCGAUACUGCUGAUGAGUUUGACGAUGAGGACGAUGACCCAAAUGAUGCUGGAGCUGUGGUAAAUGACGUGAGCCACGACAAUCAUUGCCACUCCCAAGAGGAAAUGAGUCCAGGCAUGUCAGUGAAGGACUUUUCUAAGCAUAGCAGGUCCCGGUGCAUUUCAAGGACUGAAAUAAGAAGGGCUGACAGCAUGACUUCUGAGGAUCCAGAACCUGAGCGGGAUUAUGAGAACGAGUCUGAGUCUUCAGAGCCCAAACUGGGUGAGGAGUCCAUGGAGGGGGAUGAACACAUUCACAGCGAAGUGAGUGAGAAAGUCCUGAUGAACAGUGAGAGGCCUGACGAGAACCACAGUGAGCCCUCUCACCAGGACAUCAUCAAGGUGAAGGAAGAAUUCACAGACCCCACUUAUGACAUGUUUUACAUGAGCCAGUAUGGACUAUACAAUGGUGGGGGAGCCAGCAUGGCUGCCCUGCACGAAAGUUUUACAUCGUCUCUGAAUUACGGCAGCCCUCAAAAGUUCUCCCCAGAAGGUGACCUGUGUUCUAGCCCUGACCCCAAAAUCUGUUAUGUGUGCAAGAAGAGUUUCAAAAGCUCCUACAGUGUGAAGCUUCACUACAGGAACGUUCACUUAAAAGAGAUGCAUGUCUGCACGGUCGCUGGCUGCAAUGCUGCCUUCCCCUCUCGCCGAAGCAGAGACAGACACAGUGCCAACAUAAAUCUGCAUCGUAAACUGUUGACCAAAGAACUCGAUGACAUGGGCCUGGACUCAUCGUCACAGCCCUCCCUUAGCAAGGACCUCCGGGAUGAAUUUUUGAUGAAGAUCUAUGGAGCCCACCACCCCAUGGGGCUCGACGUCAGGGAAGACGCCUCCUCUCCCGCAGGGACGGAAGACUCCCACCUGAACGGGUAUGGGAGAGGCGUGGCGGAGGACUACAUGGUCCUUGACCUGAGCACCACCUCCAGCCUCCAGUCCAGCAGCAGCAUCCAUUCCUCCAGAGAAUCCGACGCAGGCAGUGAUGAGGGGAUUCUCCUUGACGACAUUGACGGGGCGAGUGACAGUGGGGAGUCGGCGCACAAGGCCGAGGCCCCCACCCUGCCUGGCAGCCUAGGGGCUGAAGUUUCAGGAUCUCUGAUGUUCAACAGUUUGUCCGGGAGCAAUGGUGGGAUUAUGUGCAACAUUUGCCACAAAAUGUACAGCAACAAGGGGACCCUGAGAGUGCACUACAAAACUGUGCAUUUGCGAGAAAUGCACAAGUGCAAAGUCCCUGGUUGCAAUAUGAUGUUUUCCUCUGUGCGAAGCCGAAAUCGGCACAGUCAGAACCCUAAUCUCCAUAAAAACAUUCCCUUCACUUCAGUAGAUUAGUCUCAGAACGGACACUACAAAUGCCAGCUCUCACCAGAUGGCCUACAUGUUUGAACUGCCAUAGUCAGUGUGUGCUUGUGUAUUUGAGUGUGUGUGUGUGUGUGUGUGUGUAUACACAUGUAUGCCUCUCCAUUCACACACACACACCUAUUUUCUUUUCUUUAGAUAUAAAAAGAUAAACACUAAGUGCUUUUGAACUUUUUUUCCUUUAUAGUUUUGGAAAAGGCGGGAGGGAUCUUUCAUUCAGGGGUGAAAACUAAGUACCCUUUAAAUACAAAUACACACACACUCACAUAAAGCGUGCAAGUAGCCCAAAUUUUGACAAUAAUAAUUCUUGGUCCUCUCCAAAGAGACAGUUUGUUGUACCCAUGACCGUUGCCUGCAAAUAAAAUAAAAGGGAAAAAAAGAAAAAAAGAAACAAAAAAGGAACUUCUGAAUAGUUGUCUUUUGUGAAUUUGAAGGUUUUGAGAGAAUCUUCAACUAAAGCAUGGCAGAUUCACCUGUAAAUAUUUAGCCUUGAGAGGCCAAUGAUGUAAAACAGUUGUAUUGAUGUUGUUUAACUCUUUUGUUUAAUUUUUACAGUUACAUCCCGCUGUUAGAUAUGCAGGAAAAAAAUAGUUUGCUGGCUAGCUCUAUUCAUUUAUGUUAGCAUUAAUGCACAUUUAAAAAAAAAACAAAAAAACAUGGUGUUGUUUUUACUACCUGCUAGAUGUAGUGAUGAAGAGGUGCUGGCAUGCUUUUCAGCACGGAUCUGAUUUGUUUAAAUGUCCUGUACGUACAUAAAUCCAGUCAUGCACUUUUUUUCAUACACUACAAGGGGAUGUGUAAUAUCCAUGCUUCUUUUCUUAUCCUUAAACUAUUGCCAUACUUCAAAUAAGUGUCUUUUUAAAAAAAAAUUCACUUGUAUAAAAAUGGUCUGGUCAGUAUAGGGCACAAAUGCCAAACAAAAGUAUUAGUGUUAACACAAAACUGCCAACUUUGCACAAGUUUCCAGAAAAGAAAAUACAAUUAGUCACUCAACAUAACCACAGGCCAAUUUGUCGGCCACCAGAAAACCGCUUAAAAAAAAACACUUGGUGAUUCUUUCAAGUGCCGAAUGUUAUUAGAAUCAACAUUGCAUCCUUCUUGCUUAUAUGUUAAGUUACAUGAAAGGAAAACAAAAUUAUGUGGUGUGAAACAGCUAAGGCAUUUAUUCUUUAGAGGCUGGAUAAUAUUUCAGGAUACAAAAGCCCGAAUUACUCACUAUGGAACAAAGCUGAAUACAGUAAACGGGUUGAACACAUUUCCAAGGACCUAACCCUUAUCCUUUAAAAAGAAAAAAAGUCCGAACUGGGCUGGUCUGUUGUAUGACUGUCUAAUUCGAUGCAGGUUCUUCAGUAGCGGUGUGAUUCAGCCCAUUUGAUAGACAAAAUUGAAAGACAUUUAACAGCAACCAUACUUUGAACCGUUGAAAACAUGUGCUGAACUUGAAUUGAGCAACACUCCUUUCUGAAAAGCCAGAAGAACAGGGUUUUUAAAACAGGAUCUCUCACUGUUUAGCAUUCUGCACUUCCCCCACACGAUUUGUCAGAAAAAAAAAUGAAAGCAAGCCUAAAACCAGGCAAUGGAGAGUGAGGAGGGGGGGCGGGGAGAUGAUUCUCCAAAGCUUUUUUGUUUUGUUUUGUUUUGUUUUGUUUCCGAUGUUUACACAUGUUGCCUGAGCUGGUUAACCACAUCGGCAGCCUCAGCUACCACAACAUACUGACUAAAUGAUGAUAUUUACUCAAGUUCAGUCUGCAGCCAAAACCAUUAGGGUGUGCAUUGCAGACUAUGUUGUGUUGUUUUGUUUUUGUUUUUGUUUUUUUUAAGUGAAGGGGGAGAGAUAAAGGAGUAUGUUGUCAAACAGUACACAAUAAUUUCAAGAGAAUGUAUUUCUUUUCUGCAUUUAAUGGCCUCAAACAUUUCUCAUUAGUCUAAAAGUUAGAAAUACCCUCCUUUGUUUUAACUUUUCAUGUCAUUUCCAUUUUUCAUAUGUUUUGUAAUUACUUUUUCUAUGUUCACAUCAGCAUUCACUUUCGUUAAAUUUGCCAAAGGAAACUGUUAAUACGUUUCUGUUGUUAUUAUUCCUAUAGGAUUUAUUGUACCUCACAGUAUUUAUUGUUUCCAAAAAGAAGCAUCAAUAGAUGAGAAUUCAGUAUUUUUAUUUGUGAAAAGUUCAGAAACAAUAGAUUCUUAAAGAUAAGCUAGAUGUGUCUAUGAGCUUUAUCUUUUCAUCUCCUUCAGAGAAUGCUAUGUGGUUCAUUUAAUUCGUCACCUGUUCUACCGUGAGGAAAGACCAAAAUUACUUGCAGUACAAAAGAAACCUUAUUAAACACUAUGUCUCUUAAAUGACACAUGUUUACGGUAAAAAGCUGAGGAAUUAGUAAUAACCAUUUUUGUUUUCUUGUACCUUUGAAUUUCCCAAAGUCUUAAUUACUUUAUUUUCUUGUUGUGUUAAAUUGAAUAGACAGAUGUUUUCUUUUGUUUUAUACCAUAUAAGACUCUGUACAGUAUGUUUGUGAAAGAUUGAACUAGAAUAAUGAAAGUUUGUUUGCAAACAUUUUGGUCCUCUUAGCAUUCUCUCUCUGUUGCGCUGUUGCCCCAUUUAUCAGAUGGUUCAGUUCAAAAAGAGUGGGGAAAAUAUUGUAUCCCAACAAAAGAGUAUAGAAACACUAGUUUUUGGAGUCUGCUUAAGGGAGAAUUAUACCCAGUUUUAUGAAAUAAGACACUUUUAUUUUAGCAACUUUUUAAAGUCACACUCUUGGUUGAGAUAUUUGAACUCAUCUUGUACAAAAUCAAUGUUUAGUCUGUUUAAUUUAAUGUCAACUAAAAGGUCAGAUAGCCCUGGUGAGUGGAUUACAUAGCUGUCGGCAGGUCCCAUCAGCAGAUGAACCAGGCUUCGAACUAAUGUUUGUUACUUGCCACAAACCGGGCUACUGUGGAUAGCCAGUUACACAACCAGAAGCAGUGAGAUUCUCAAAGUAGUAUCUUUCUUGCUCGGAAACAUAAAAGUGUAAGUGCAUUUUGUCAGAAAAAUGACAAUGAAUCCUGGAAACUCACCCUGUUUAAGUAUCUCCUGUCCUAUUUGCUACUAUUCCUGUGCCUCCAACGCCUAAAUGUGAUGGUGGCCUUCUGAAUGGGUGAAUAUUUUCCAGUGCAAAACCGAUUUGCUUAAAAGGGGCAGGGGGUGUGGAUAGAAGUGGUCCAUAACAGGUACAGCUGUGAAAUGUACACCGCCUUUAGCCCCAAAGUGCUGCUUGUCUUGGGUGUGUGCCUGAGUGCAGUGUGGAAACUACAAGUCUAGUUGAGAUGGUGAUCCCAAGGUUUGUUUGCAAACAGGAAGCAAUAAGAGACCAGCAUUUCCAUCACGAGCCCUUCCUCUUCGCUCAUUCCUACACAUUUGUUUUCUCACACGGAUUCCUAUCGUGAGAUAGUUUCUCUCUGGCUGCAUCUAUUCUAUACUGGCUGAAAAUUAAUGGUAAUGCUGACUUUCAUCUAAGCGGCUUUCCCCCAUUUCAUUGAUUUUAACCAGAAUUUUGUCCCAGGUACAAAGUUAGGUAGUGUUAGUAAUGUGCAUGUUUAGUAGGCAAUGUUGAAACUUACCGAUUUGAUCAUUUCAUUUUAAACUGUUUUUGUGAAUAUCAGAAAAGCUCCUGCUGCUGUAGGGAGUAUGUGCAUGCUGUGGAGGGUGUGGCAAAGAACAGGAAAACAAGUAGUAACAAAUUUGAUUCCUAAAAUGUGAUCAGGAGCUUGACACUCCCGGUCCUGCUAUUAAUUGUACUGAAAUAAUUCAACCCAGUGUAACACAUUUCAGGUCUUGGUCCAGCCACCCAGUUCAGCCUCAUGCCUUUUAAAGGUUAAGAGGUGUUAAUAUUUUCCUUCUCAAUAUGAUAAACAUCGUUUUUGAAAAAUGUUUUUAGCACAAGGGCACCAGUGUCUUUGCAGUGUGUGACUGCUUUUCUUGGGAAUUUCCGGGCCAUUUCAGUGGCAGGAGGAAGGUGCUCAACUGGUUAACAGCCCCAUGAGUGUAGCCACUGCUCUUGGAAAAAGGGGAAAAAAGCUUUGACUGUAUCAAGAAUGGGCUGUUCCAGAGAUAUUCUCCUCAUUUUACUCAGGAGCAACCAUGCGUUAGGUUCUCACCAGAUAAGACAACUGUGAUCUUUCGUUCCGUGUUCUGUGUACACACCCCAGAUGCGUGCCAAGCAGACGAGAAUGGGGGCCCUUGGCAAUGAGAACAUAAAGAAGCCAGUAACCAGAUGGAGGUGGACAUGCUGCUGACUACUAACAGUUGACCUGAGCAGCCCUAACUUGUACUUGGUCUGUUAGUGUUGAGUUAGAUUGACUAACAGAGUAAAUAAAAUUCAACUGUAAAAAGAUACCCUACAUCUGCUAUCAUGAACAAAUCACCCAGAAAAAAACUUACAUUCUUUCUAUUGACACAUUACUUUUCUCAAGAACUUCUUUUUUAAAUUAUGAUUAACAAACUUCAUUUUUAAAGAAUCACUUAUAUUCCCCCCAAGUUCGGAAUGUUAAUAUAAAAGAAUUUAGUUUUUCUCUCUCAUUUUUUGUUUUUUAAUGGGGUAGGGGGGAAUCAACAAGUUAGGAGGACAACAAGAGGCAGGUGCCAGAGAGACUGGAGGGCAUCACAGCUUUCCAAAAAGCCCAGGGAGUAAGGCAUACUCAGUAGAGGACCGAUGCCUGCCCUGUUUGAAAGUAGCUACAAAAGAAAAGAGUUGAUGCACUAGAAGUGCAUGCAAGAGAAAAGUCUGGCAUGACCCUGCCCAGCAGUGGGUGAGACCAUUGAGAUGGAGUUCCCUGUUCAGCUCCCUGUGACAGGCACAGCACUGAACCCCUGUCUGAGGACGGAGGACAGCAAGGACAGCUGCGUGGAAUAGCUCAAGUGCCUUAGGGUCAGGAGAAUCAACAAGGCGUUUGUGUGGGGGUCAGGUAGCAAAAAGAUGUGAUGGGUUAACCUAGGUUAUAGCAGAGGCUGGUGGUCUGACCUAGCUCUAACUGGGACGAGUUGAAUAGCAGUGAGGGGUGGCCGGCAUGGAUCUGUUCUUUUUCAUCCUCGUUUUUGCCUGCCCCGGUAGCUAUGGUUGUAAUGCUACUCAGCUAAAGUUCUCUUGAUCAAAACGUGUGCUCGUUUACCUUCCUACAAAGCAUCCCCAAGUAACUUCUCUGUUUCCACAUCUUCCCUCAAAGCUAAACUGUGUGCUAUCGUCUUGUUUAUGUCAGUAAGAAGGCCUCAUCUGAUCUGUCCCAGACUCAUUUCCAUAUUUUCUAUAGUUGGAGGGUUGCUCGCUGUAAAUGGUAAUUUUCAAUUAGUAUUAUGUAAAUGCAGCUGUAAAAGUGAGUAGUGAAUUAAUUUAUCAUCACUGUUGCCCAGACACCCAUUCAUCCUUCUGUCCUGUCAUCCUUACUGCCCUCACAUCUUGCACAAAAUGAUGUUUGCGGUCAUUUGGCAAUAGCUGGACAUCAGUACUGUCUUUUGGCAUUUGUUGAAAAAUCCAAGUGCCUAAUAGCAGGAAGUUUAAAAAUAAGCAUUUUUACAAGUACACUGAAUUGGAUCAGCAUUAUUGUUCACUGUAGUGCUGUAUGUAUUUUUGGAGCAACAUACUAUCGUCAUAAAACUAUCUUUAUUCUUCUUCUCUAAAGUGUUGUUGUAAAUUCAUUUGACCUUAACUGCAAAAAAAAAAAUCUUUUUUCUAUAGAGUAUCAAGACAAGGUUCAGUUUGUAACAAAUAAUGGACCAUUACAAAAGAGGGAAGGGAAAAGCCUGGGCUGAGCAGCGAGAAGCUUCAGUUCAAUUUCACCUCAUAUCUUUCUAAUAACUUACUUGUCACUUUAUUACCUUCCAGUAAUGUGAACGCUGCUGACAAGACUGUCACACUAACAGCAGACAACACCCUCUCUGCCUCAGCCCCAGCUCUCCUGGCUACUUAUUGCCCUGGCCCUGAAGGGACACAAACUAAUAGUGUGCUUUCCAGUUCAGCACUUGGCCAUCAAAUAUAAAGGGAUGCGUAAUUGCCUGUUUAUCCCUUGUGAAGGGGAAAUUGAGUACAAGGGCUAGGCUUUCCCACUGAGCUCCCUGCGGUACGAACAUUCACAGUCUCCCCCCCGACCCUACUUCCACUUCUCCCUCCCCUCCCGCCACUUAGGCUCAGGCACACACACCUAGGAAACUGCAUCUUUGGUAAGCCCAGGCUGCCUCUAGAUGUCCUCUCCAACUAUUAAGUGGACGGUAACAAGAUGACUUCUAAAAUAAAGGGUCAGUAGAGAGAUGCUGGCUCUGACAGCAUCUCAGCGUCUUUGGAGCUUAAGUAAUUGCACGCCUGUCCUUCCGGGGAGAACUGGGUGUGGCCCUCGAAUUAAAGUAAAACUUCCCACAAACCACCGGCACACACAGCAUUACAUUGCCCCAUAAUCUGCAAGGACAAAUGAAAAUAUACUUCCCCUUCGAAAAGUUGACGUUGUAAACAAAUUGUUGUAUAGGGUGGUUAAAAAAAAAGGUGUUGUUUUAGCUCUGGCAACCAACCAUCGUUCUAGGCGAGAACAUGUGUCUCUCAGAGGAGCACCCACUCCAACCUCCGUUUGGUUCAACUGCACUGACGGUGUGACGGGAAGGGCGUGGGGAUCUCGACUUUAAUCUCUAAAACGGAGACUACCUACACGUAAAAGUUAAACUCUCCACUUUGGGAGGAUUUUUGUUGAGUACAAGUAGAGUGACUUGAUUUACUCUAAAACCAAGUGACGAGGGGACGCAGGCACAGAGGAAGAACGUGUGGAAGUGUGAUGUUCCAAAACACUCUGAGCCCACACAACGUGGAGGGACCGCGUUGGCUGCAAUUUCUGUGUAUGUUGACAACUGCUUGCAUGAGGGUUGGAAAGUGGCUAGUUGGUGACGAAAUGAAGUGCACGGUCUAUUUGUGAGUCCUCUGCCUGGAGCUCAGGGACUCCAUCUUCCCACUGUCCCCACCGCAGGCCAGAUAGAUGCUGUUGGAUAGAUGCUGUUGGCCGGGGCCAAAUACAUUCUCAACCAAGUAAGAUGUGUGGGUGUCGCUUUUUGAUGUGGACUCAUGGAAAGAGAGAACAGUAGAUUUAGAGAUAGACAAUGUAACAGGUCUCAUUUGACAAACCUGUGCUAAGUAAUUUCAUUAACCAGUCUGAGCACUGGGGAGAAAAGCACUUUGAGCAAGGAUUCUUGGAGACAGGAAAAGCACUUAACCUGAUGUUUUUUAAGUUCCUCUUAUACGUAUAUAUUACAAUCAUUUCUCAAAUAUCACAUUAGAAACUUCAAUUAAAAACUCAGUUGCCAAAAUUGCACACAUUUUGCUAAUGUUAUUAUUAGCAUUUCUUCCUUUAAAGAACAGGGAUGCUUAAGGACAUUUCUAAUUUUUUAAUGCUUUUUUUUAGCUUCAUUUUUAAAAGAAUCUUUGAAGAGAAGGAAGAACAGAAAAGGGUAUUUUAACAAAAAUGGAGAGACAUAGUAUAAAAAUAUAUUUCUUGAAGAGAAAAGAGUAUCUAAGUGCUAUACCAAGACUUUAUAUGGCUUCCUGUUGCCAAAUAUAAUGUUGAAAUAAUGCACAACUAAGAUGGCAAAUCAAGCCAUUAUUAACCGGCUCUGUCCGCUCCUAUGAGGGAAUGCAAGGACUGAGAGGUGACUAGGGAGCCCCUGAGGGUGUGAGAGAGCUGCACUCAUCUGGCCCUGAAACUGUUCCCCAAAAGACAGGGAGGGACCCCUGCACCCUUGCAGUCCCCCCUGCAACACAAGCUGACCGGCACUGUUUCUGUGGGAGCCUCGCUACCUGCCUUUUCCAUGCCAGGAACACGGCGUCUCCCGCCCGCGAGAAGCAUUGAUUCAUGAGGUAUGAUGUUCUUGAACUCCCAAUGUGCUGAGUUAAUAGGUUCACUUGAGAUGUAUAAACCAAGGUUGAUUGUUUACUUUUUUUCAUCUAGUACUCAAUUUGAAGCGUUUUUGCAUGUCUUUGUACAGAGUAAUCCAUUCCUCUCAUUGCCUAUCUUAAUCUCCCUUGACUUUUCCAUUAUCUUCCCACUCCCUCCCUUUGCUCUUCUGAUCUCACCCACCCCCUUAAAAAAAAGAAGAAGAAAACCCUCUUUUCUGAAGCAAGAAGGUAGAACACGCCUUCAUCCUGACUUUGAUCGCUUUGGAAACAUUUGUGUGUUCUGCCCUGUCUAGGGUUUACAUAACGUGAAUUAAGUGAAUGAGAUGUUCUAGUAUUAUAUAUUAACCUCAUAUGACUAUAGAAGAUUUAUAAUAUAUGGUGCACUUGCUUUCCUGUGCAAACUUUGGUUCAGCUGCACUGCAGAGAACCUUACCAUCUCCCUACCGAUGCCAGUCUGAAGCGUGCAGGAGAGCUAAAAGUGGGUACAUGGAGGUCAGAGGCGGGGAGCAAGGUGGGGAAACCAGGAGAAGGCUUUCUCCCAGGCCACCUGGGCCUUUUCUCAAAGGUGGAGGUGAGCUGGGGCUCUGGGGAAGAAAGUGCUGUGUUCUCUACUGCUGUUCUCGAGCAACUCCGUUCAGAACUGGCGCGAUCCAUCACACAGCUGGGAGGACGCAGAAUUUUCAUCUCCGCCCCAACCCCCCUGGUAUGUCUCAGUUACAAAAACAUUCAGUCCAACCUGCAUAUUUAACAGCAAAAGUAGCCAAAGGGAAUUGAAAUAUCUUGAGGAAAAGGAAUUUUCACCAAGAUAUGUCCUCUCCCUCCCCCAGAGUCUGGGGGCUUCUGCUUUUCCGUUUGUGUUGUUCUCAUCUGCAUCACACCAGUCUCUUCUGCUAAGCCUGUCACGGAACCGAAGUCUGGACUGCAAAAGGCAGCUGCACCGAGGGGUGGGCACAGCUCACACUGCCCUGAUCUCAUCAUUGUGACGUUGGUAGCUUCCUAAAUACUGUAUGUACCUUGAACAAGGGUUUUUGUUUUGUUUCUAUUAGUAGCCUAAGGGAAUUAAAAGUUUUUAUUUGCUAUUCCUUUGUUGUAUUUUCUGUACUAUAACUGUCUACAGUAUGUCUUUUGCAUAAAAUGCAUAAGGG